AUGGAUGCCCUUGAUGAAGCCCACCAAAGGGUUGUCCUCCUCGAUAUGCUAUCAAAAUCCCUCCAGUUGCAGAUACAAAAUGUUCACAUCCCCAUGACCAGUCGAGAGGAGAAGGAUAUCGUUAAUACUAUUACCGAUUUGGUGGCUGAACGAGAUAAGAGAAGGAAUAACACGUACACUCACAAGUCAGGCUGGUGGCAUGUUUCGAAGGGCUACCAGCUAGAUAGAAGCUUUGUGGAAGCGCAUCAGACUUGGCCACUUGAGGAAGACCCUAUAAUCACAGCAAGAGACCCUGAGGGAGACGUAUGCGGGGAUUCUGGGGAGCAUAGCGAAAGAGUGCGAAAAUGA